UGGUGAACUGAGGCUGAUGAAGAGACUUGAGCACUCUCUGGGACGCUCAGCUCUUAACAGGAACACUGUCACUGUCUGCCGAAGCAGGUUCUGAGAUUCAUGUACAGAGUUUAACAGAUGCUGGAAAGGGCACCUGCUUGCUGGAGCCAGGACUGCAGAUUCCUUAAUUCCAAGCCAUGAAUGAAUCCAGGUGGACUGAAUGGAGGCUCCUGAACGUGAGCAGUGGCAGUGGGAAUGUGUCCGAGCGUCACUCCUGCCCACUUGGAUUUGGCCAUUACAGUGCGGUAGAUGUCUGCAUCUUUGAGACGGUGGUUAUCGUCUUGCUGACAUUUCUGAUCAUUGCUGGGAAUUUAACAGUCAUCUUUGUCUUUCACUGUGCUCCUCUGUUACAUCAUUACACUACCAGCUAUUUCAUACAGACGAUGGCAUAUGCUGAUCUCUUCGUUGGAGUUAGCUGCUUGGUCCCUACUCUCUCACUUCUCCACUACUCCACAGGUGUCCACGAGUCAUUGACUUGCCAGGUUUUUGGAUAUAUCAUCUCAGUUCUUAAAAGUGUUUCUAUGGCAUGUCUGGCUUGCAUCAGUGUGGAUCGCUAUCUUGCAAUAACCAAGCCUCUUUCCUACAAUCAACUGGUCACCCCUUGUCGCCUAAGAAUUUGCAUUGUUUUGAUCUGGAUCUACUCCUGCCUAAUUUUCUUGCCUUCCUUUUUUGGCUGGGGGAAACCUGGUUACCAUGGAGACAUUUUUGAAUGGUGUGCCACCUCUUGGCUCACCAGUGCCUAUUUUACUGGUUUUAUUGUUUGUUUACUUUAUGCUCCUGCUGCCUUUGUUGUCUGCUUUACUUACUUUCACAUUUUCAAAAUUUGCCGGCAGCACACCAAAGAGAUAAAUGACCGAAGGGCCCGAUUUCCCAGCCAUGAGGUAGAUGCUUCUAGAGAGACAGGACACAGCCCUGACCGUCGCUAUGCCAUGGUUUUGUUUAGGAUAACCAGUGUAUUUUACAUGCUGUGGCUCCCCUAUAUCAUUUACUUUCUUCUAGAAAGCUCCCGUGUCUUGGACAAUCCAACACUGUCUUUCUUAACAACCUGGCUUGCUAUAAGUAAUAGUUUUUGUAACUGUGUGAUAUACAGCCUCUCCAACAGCGUUUUCCGGCUUGGCCUCCGAAGACUUUCAGAGACAAUGUGCACAUCCUGUGUAUGUGUGAAGAAUCAGGAAGCACGAGACCCCAUACCUAGGAAGCGGGCAAAUUCCUGCUCCAUUUGAAGAGAACUCAUGGUAAACCACAUUGAACCUGACAGUGGUUUUGGAUUGCACUCUUGAUUCAUCUGGAAAUUUGCCACCAGAGAAAUAUUUACUUGAAUGGGUGACUGUGAAAUGAAGAAUGAGACUAAAGAAACCCCCCCCUCUUUUGUGGGGAAAAACUAAAGGAAAGGGUGUGUAGAGGGUAAUCUCAUGGGAGAAUUAUAGCAUGUGAACAUAAAUAUUCAGUAAUGGAAAAAACUUAGGUAUUGUAGAUGAAGGAAGGAUCUCAACUCUUCAGGACAGGAGCAAGCCCCUCAGCAUCUGUUUCUCUGACUGCUCUCUGACUGUGUUUGUCUCUCAUUUUGUCUCUUUUCAUGUCUCUUACUCUUAUAUUUGUGGAAGUGAUUUUUUGCAUCAAUUGCCCUUUACAGAAAAAUGACACAUAUUAUGU